AUGAAAGCCAAGUGGCAUGAUUGUGAAAGUGAGUUGACCUUGGGGGAUGACUUUUCUCUUCUCGAGAUGAUGAAUAUAACUUUACGGCCACUGAAGGCCCUCUCUCCUCUCCCCCACAGAGAAACUUCCACGAAUGUAGUUGUACCAAGUCCUACCACGAAGGUACAUGUCAAGGGCAUGGAAAUCCCCACUUGUGUGGAGGAUGAAGAUUACUAUGAGGACAUUCGAGAUGUAUAUGGGGUCAAUAUUUUUUGCAAUUAUUCAAGCAAUAAGGUGCUCUACUUGAGUGAUCAAGUCAAGUCAAGUGAAGAAGAGACAAGAGACCUUCAAGAGGGCUUGUUCUUGUCCAAGGCCCAAAUAUUAAGCCUAGAAGAUGAGAACAAGUCUGUCCCUGACCGAAUGCGUUUUCUUUAG